AUGGCGAUGCCCCGUCGCUCGUGGCGACGCGUUCUUUCUGGAGCUGCGCUUCUUGCGCUGGCGGGAUCGGCCUUCAACUUCGUUUCGACGGCGCCGGCUGUUGGACGGACCUCGGAACUGCGAACCUCUCGACGGGUGCUGGCGGAGGCCGACCUAAGCCCGGAGCAGCGGGAGCUGGUGGAGCACUUCCUUAGCACCCAGGUGACAGACGAGGAGGCGAAGCGGAAAGAAAAGCCCUUCCCCUUCUCCGAGGAAGAGCUGAUACGGCGAGCGAAGAUUUAUUUGGCUUUAAACCAAGAUGACGUGACGGCUCCCGAGCUUCUCGCCGAAGACUUCGAGUUCGCUGGGCCCAUCAUCGGGCCCCUGGGGAAGGCCAAGUACAUCGAGCAGUUCAAGAGUUUUAACUUCCGCGAGGCCUUCCCGGAUGCGGUCAACGAGUGGCACCACUUCCGCGUGGACCCAUUCGAGCCGAACCGGGUCUGGUUUACCACUCGAGGACAUGGGAAAAACACUGGCCUAGCACCGCCACUGAUCACAGAGCCGACCGGAAAGGUCUUCGAAAAUCCGCCGCAGGCCUGCAGCCUGCGCUUCAAUGAGGCGGGCGAAGUCACGCAGUAUACCAUUGGCUACGUCAUGGAUCGACGAGUCGGUAACACUGGAGGUGUUGGAGGGCUGAUGGGCAUCCUCUAUGCCGUGGGCAAGCCCUUCCCCUACCCCGAGGGGCAGCCAUACCAGCCAUCUUGGCAGAGAACUCUCGUCAACAGCAUCGUGGAGUUCCUGCAGCAGUUCUCCAAGUGA